CGCAGCAACCACCAUCCACCAUGGUGGAAAUAUCCUCUUUUGCGUUUAGGCUUGCCCCCAGCCAAGUGAACUGGUCGGAAUCUCAUGCAAGAGUUCUCUCAAAGGACUACCCAUUCGCCGAUCUUGCCAGUGAGACGGCCGACAUGUAUAUCCAGCGGACGUACCUGCAAUUCCUUUGGCUGCCAGAGUCAAUAAUGCCACUAACACUCCUCAUUCCGAGCCUGCUACGCGUGAAUAUCGCGUCCUCAUCUCAGCCUACGACACAUCCUUUGCACGUGCUUGUUUCGCCAUUAUUGUUGACGGGCCGCUUAGCUGCCAAUAAAUAUCAUACCGACCUGCCACAACUUUUAUCAGAUGGUGGAGGAGACGGAGAGAUUGAAGAGACGAUGAUGUGGUAUGCUCUGAGUAACGAGAAGGCAGACGAGAGCCGGGGUCAGUCUCGUCCUGGAUCCAGUGAACGCGCAGAGGAGCUAUGGAUGAACGAGAAGUGGCGAGCUAAAUGGUUGGAGCGUAUGGAAAGACGAGAGGUGUUGAUUCAAAUUCUACUUCAUUUGCUCCUUUUAUCAUUGCCUGGCCCGCCACCGCCUCCUUCAGAAUCGCCAUCUCGAAAGAGGAAAAAACAAUCACCACGUAACGACACGGCCCGUACCGUGAAUAAGACCACUGAAGACAGGCUGGAAGCAUUCAUGGAUAAACUAUCUAUGUGGCAACUGAUAAAUAUCGUGGAACAGUCGUCUGCAUCCUCAAAAGAUGAUAAGGAGAAUGUGCUUGACUGGAUACAACGCUUCUUUCGGGACGUUGUCGAGCCUCAAUUCAAGACAAGCCUCCCCGACCAAUGCUCUCUCCUUCACUCCAAGAUUUUCCGCACAUCCAUUUUCUCAGACGACGAAACGACCUCACGCUCUUCUAGUCGUUCUCCGUCACCAGAGUCCCAACCACCCAAAGAGCUUCUCCCUCGACCCAAGCGGGCUCGAACUUCGACCGCUGACAAUACCCGUGACCGGCAUCCUUCUCCUGCCUUGUCGGUCACGUCUUCUUCAGCUCGAGAAGUACAGCCCAGAUCCCUGGCACGUUCACGCUCGCGAUCACUGUCCGUUUCUCUUGCGCAGGAAAAGGAACGAGAACGUGCCGAGAGUGUUGGCACAAACUCGAAGAAACGCGUAUUGAACCGGGAAGUGAGCAUGUCUAUGGUGUUCAAAGGAAAACCAAAACCCAAAGUGAAGGAAACACACAAGGAACAGCCGAAGCCAAUGGAACCCAAGCCUAAAAAUGAGGGUGUGACGCUGGUAGAAGCUACUCCUGUGAAACCGAAACCACCGAAACGGUUAGGCCUGAGUAGGGUACAUAACACACAAACUCAGACUGCUUCCUCCUCCUCAUUAUUCUCAUCUAAAUUGACAGCAAAGGAUGAAGAAGAAGAGGUGUGGGAUUUGCCGAGUAGCGAGUCACCCGAUAUCUUGCUAUUGAAGGGUACUGGUUCACAAGGAGAUAUCUUCGGUUCUGACGACGAGGAUGCAGCAUUCUUUGUUCCAGUCACGCCGACCAAAGGUCGCAAAUAAUGCUUCUAGCUAUAAUAGAUAGACACACAGAAAUGGAUGUGAUAACGGAC